AUGUCGGAGUUAUCAUAUAACGAGUCUCUUAUCAUAUUAUUAGACAAUAUUUCGACUCAAUUUAAUCGUUAUGUCUCAAUUUUAAUUCUUCUAUUCGGUGUUGUGGGAAAUAUUCUCAAUAUUCUUGUUCUGUCACAAAGAGCACUUCGUUCUAAUUCAUGUGCUUGGAUUUUUCUGGCUUUAUCCAUUGUUAAUCUCAUUUCUAUUCUAUUUGGUCUUACUACACGAAUAAUUAGUGGUUGGACGACCGACCCAAUAGAUAAUAUUGGAUGGGCUUGCAAACUUCGUGCUUUUGUUGUAUUCUCAACAAGAACAAUUGCUUCAUGGUUAAUUGUAUUAGCCACUGUUGAUCGAUGGCUUUCAUCAAGUACCAAUGUUCAUCGUCGACAAAAAAGCACAUUAAAGAAUGUUCAACGAUGGACAACAAUAAUUGUCAUUCUUUCAAUUCUUCUCUAUGCUCAACAAUUAUACUGCUAUGAAGCAAAUCUUAUUGAUACUCCUCUGAGAUGUUAUGGUAAAACGAACGCAUGUCGUUUUAUCACUGAUUCAUCAUUUGCUGUGAUCACAAUACUAUUUCCUUUAGUUCUUAUGAUUUUAUUUGGUUUGUUAACUAUUUCAAAUGUGCGUCAAUCUCAAAAUCGUAUCCGCGCUUUACAGUUACCGAAUAUUAAUUCUAUUAUGAAUAAGUCGUCAGAACCAAUUGCUGGUAACACAGAGCGAAAAUCUAAACAGAAAAUAGAUCGUAGUGUUCUUCGAAUGCUUCUUGUUCAGGUUGAACGCAAGUUAACUAAUGCAAGCUGGAUUAGUAAAGGUGAAUCACCAACAACUAUUAUUCGUUAA